AUGAAGAUUACAAUCCCCAAAGGGGAUAAUUAUAUAUUGGCAGUCUCAUCAUUAUCACAAUCGCAAAAACAUUUGAUUGAGAAAUUAAGUAGUGCUAACAGCGAUAAAUACAAUGAAUAUCUUGAUGAUUUCCAAAGAUGGAUAUGGGAUAAAGGUGAUGUACAAUGUUGGGCAUCUGCUCUAAAUAGAUUUGAUGACUACAUUACUAAAUAUAUAAUUAAGGAGAAUCUAGGUAAUGAAUUCUUAAGAAAACAUUUGAUCAGUCCUCAAGAAUCAAAUGUCAUUGAUUCUAAUAUUAUAGUAGAUGAUGAAAUAAUAAAAAAAAUUCUAAAAUCAACUUUUCUGAUAUUAGAGAAUUGCACCUCAAAGUCAUUGUAUGCUAGUACUGUUGGGUUAAUUGCUUUACUAGACUCUUUUAAUCCUGAUAUUGUAUGUUGGUCCCUACGGACAUUAACAACAACAUGCUCUAAUUGGAAGAAACCUAAGCGUAAAGUAGAUUGUGGAGCUGUAUAUCACUUACAAUUUAGAUUAUCAACAUUAUGCUAUAUACCAAUAUAUCGUGGUUUAAAUAUUCAUACAGAUAGGAUUACCAAAAGUACAAGUAUCGGUGAAAAUGAUGGAACUUCAAUAUUAUCAAGUUUUUAUAAAGAGGAAGUAUGGCCAUUACCAGAUGAUAAUGAGCUUAUUGAAAUAAUUGUUCCUCCGUUUGUAUGUAAUCAUACAUUAGGCAAACAGGAUGAAGGUUUGAAAUGUGAUGAUCUUGAGUGCUUCGAUUUUCAUAAGUCGCAUGUAAUGCUUAUUAAAUUUAAGGAUUUAAUUAUGACAAAGUCAAUGGGAGAUUUAGAUGAAUUGCUAAAGAGGCAUUCUAUACCAAAGUGUUUGAAAUCAAUUAUUGGGCAUUAUGUCCGUAUAUUUCAUAGUUAUAACAAUGUAUGGGAACGUAGACGUUGGAUAGAUGUACGCUAUGCAACUACACUUUGCUUUCCUGGUUUUUCAACUAACAAUUUGGUUAACAUAUGUCAAGUGAAUACGACUCUAAUACCAGAUUCAGUAGAUAUUUUAGAUUUUUGUCAUUCAAAGAUAUAUGGUAAUGAUUCUCAAGUUAUACUUUCAGAUUUUAAUGAGCAAUAUCGUUAUAUAACAAGUAUGAGGUCAAUAGUUGAACUUUUAACAUUAAUGCUACAAGAUCGGAUAUUUCCAAAAGUUAUUGUACAAGCAUUGAAUUUUACGCAUCCUAAUGGAUUAAUAAGCAAAAUAAUAUGGGAUACUUUAUAUUCUAUUAAUCAAUAUAAUGGGAAGAAUCUUCCAACACUUAUUUCAUCAUCAUCUAAAUUCAUGGAAUUAACAUAUCCCAAAAAUAAUAGCGAGUCAAGUUCUACAUUUCAUUUUUCUGCAAUUUUAAGACUUUUAGAUGAGAAUAUAUUUAUAAGGACUAAGUAUCCUUUACCUAAAGAUUCUGUUAGUGGUGAUGAAAGUAAAGAUGUCAAUAGAAUAAGAUAUGAUGAUACAACUAUUAGCAUUUCAUAUGGAAUUAAGGAGAAUUGUAAUGAUAGUAAUAACAUUGAAUAUAAGGAGAAAUCAUCUUAUAUAGAUUUUGUAACAGUUAAUGAAGAAGUCUCUGAAAUUAGUCAAUAUUAUAAACAAUUAGGUAUUGAAUUUACUAGUAAUCUUAAUAAGAAGUCGUAUUUUACACCUGAAUUAAGUAUGGCUGAAUUUGAAGAGGAAAUGAUAAAUUUUGUUAUGGAAUUGAUUGGUAUAUAUAUUUUAGUAACACAAUUAUACUCUCCGCCUCAAUCAACAAUAUCUAAUUCGUCAUCUUCCACAUCUUCAUAUUUGUAUAUACCGCAUCAUUUGGCUGUUUUGGUUGCAUUUAUUGACUUUAUAUCAUCUGUAAGACAUCCUUAUUAUAUUAUUUUAAUUUUACCUAUAUGUAGAGCACUAGAAACAUUACUUGAGAAGAAGACAUAUUUGUCUCACUUAUUACAACAAGAUGACCCGAUACAUAAGUUGCUUCUGAUGAGAUUACAGUAUGAAGUAGGUAUUUUGCAUACUGACCAAUCUAAUAAGGAAGAUGAAGGUAUAAUUUUAAUAAGGCAGUGGAUCAUUAAAACAACAAUGAAGUUCAUGGAACUUUUUAUACAUCCUAAUAGUAAUAAUUUAAUAUCAAAUUCAGACAAUAAUCCAAUAAUUUCACAAUCGAAGAUACAAGAAGAACUACUAUUUUCCGAAACUUCUGUAUACAAAAGUUGUUUAUUUUUAAUUAUCAUGUAUCCGGAAAUAUACUCAUUAUUAAAUUAUUCAUUAGUAAUACAGAUGAUAAUACCACUUGUAUCAAGUGAUCCAACUAUUGUACCUGCUCUUAUAAGCAAUAAUUUAAUACCAGCUAUAUUAAAAUCAAUUAAUUUCUCAAUUUUACAAAAUGAUGAUAUACUAAAUAUAUUAGCAGUAAAUUUACCUGUUUUCUUCCUUCAUAAUGAUGGUAUUAAGUUGAUGGAAUCAAUCUUUUAUAGACCAUUAAUAUAUUUAACCCAAUUUUUGACAUCCACAUAUGCAAUACAUAUUGAUAGGAUGGGUGAAAUUGCAACUCUUAUUGGUAAUGCAUUUGAGGAAAUUGUUAGGUAUCAUCCACAACUUGUAAGCACAAUAUCAUUUAUUGCUGUAUCUACUGUUCUACAAAUAAAAGUUAUACAGGAUGACUUACCAAAGUGGAAAUCAAUUGAAGAGGACUUCACAAAAGAUGAGGAACACGAUUAUUAUAAACCGUUAGAGAUACCCUCAAUACAAAAUGAUGAGCUGAUAUCAGAUAGAAUGGCUAUUGUAGGGCGUUUCUUAUGUGGUUAUCUUUCAAGUCAUGAUACAAUACAACAAUUUGUAAUAUAUGGUGGACCUUAUUAUGUGUUGAAAUGUAUCCUAGAUGAUUCUUUACCUCCAGCAUUUGCUUCAAUAUUAGUUAACCAUCCUUUUGUAUCUUUGUUUACAUUUUUGGGUACAAGUAGGAGUGUACCUGUGGCAGAUUUACAAUAUCAAAUUUUACCUAUUUUGGAACUUGCCUGUGAGAAGUUGCAGGAAAUUGGGAUUUCUAAUGACUCAAUUAUUUAUAUUUCGAAGAUAUCAACAUGUCUUUCAGUUAUAAAUAGCAUGUUCAGAAAUGUCUCAAGUUAUAAUCAUAAUAGGAUUUUACAGUCAAGUUUUAUCUCAAAUGAAAUGGUCCAUUUACCAGAUUUUACUUCACCUAAAGAUUAUUUUCCAUACGGUUCAUCUAUACUUGAGCUGUACAAUAGAAUUAUAAAGUGUACAUCAUUCAUUUUUCCAAAGUUAUUACAGCACCUAUACUUUAAUACCUCAGAAAAAUACCUACAAGAAAUGUUAUUAAUAAAUAAUACCUCAAUAUCAUUACUAUCUUCUAAAUUACAAUCUCAUACUCAUCCACUAUUGAUCUCUCAAAAUGGAAAUACAAAUAUGUCAAAUUCUAGGAGUUUAUCUACUACAAACACUACAAAUACAUCAGGGUUAACAUCUGUAAAUGGUAUAUAUAACUCUUUGACUUACCCAAUUUUAUCCCUAUGGCCUCAAUUAACAACAAAUGACUUUUUAUGGUCCACUCAAAUUGGAUUUGCAUAUUCAAACGUAGCAUAUUCUGAAUUACCUAGAUUUCACCCUUCUACUAUACUUUUAGAACUAUGUAGAAUGACAUGUGGGAAUAUAAGAAGUAGUUUAAUAUUAUCAUCUCGUCUUUUAAACACUUUCAAGAGAAGAAAUGUAGCGAAUUCAUUACUUAGAUCUGAAAGUAAUAAUAUCUCGGAACCAACUCCACUACAGUACGAUGCUGCUAUUCAGAUAAUAGCAAUAUUUAAUGCUAUUUUCAGUGCAAUACCAGGUUUACCUCAACCUAUUAUUGAAGAACUUGGUCAAAAUGUGACUAAUUCAGACAUUAAUAAUUUAUAUAAUAAGGAUUCUUUAUCAUGCUCUGUUGGACAGCUUUGUUCUUAUAUAUCUGAUGCUAUUGAUUUAUUUUAUAGAAUGUGUAUUGACGAUAAACAUAACCAUACAUUUUACAUUUUACUAAUUGAUUUGGCAUAUAAAAGUGGUACAUUUAACAAAAUAAUACAAAUGUUUCAUUUAUCUAUGUCAAUUUACUGGUUAAUUCUUGGAAAAAUAAUUAACUCAAGAAAUAAUGAAGAUAACAAACUAGCCGACUAUGAUAUUUUACCACAGAUAAGUCAUAACUCACCUUAUAAAUAUAAUGAGUUAUAUCUGAAAUACUUGGUUAAUUUGAUAUAUCCCAAAUUAAAAGAUACUUACAAUAUGAAUGGUUUAUUACAUCUAUCAAUUAAAAAUAUGCAAAAUAACUUCCUCCUAUUAGAACAUAUGUCUUCAUGGAAACGUUACUUAAAUUCAUCAUUGACAAAUUAUCUACAUAAAUACAAGUUCCACUUACCAAGUAGAAUUGAAAAUGAAAAUACCAUAUCUAUCUCUGAUGAGAGCAUGAAUGAUGGAUCUAAACAAAUGGAAGUUCAAACUGAUGGUUCAAACUCUAUAAAAGUUCACAAAAUAUAUAGUGAAGAUUCAGAUAAUAGAAGUUCCAUUAAUAAAAAAUUAUUAGAUUUACCUUUUGAUGCUGUCGAGUUAACAGAAUCAAUUUUAUACAUUAUAAUGAAUAAUCUCCAAUUUUGGUGGAGGGGAGUUUUAACAAAUAAAGAGCUAGAGAUGUCUAACAGCAAUUGGUUAACUCUCUUUCCAACUCGAUGCUUAUCUUCAUUAUUAAAAAUAAUUUUACAUAUCUAUGACUUACAAUCAGAUGGAUACAGCAACUUUAUACAAAAAAGUUUGUAUACUGUAUUAAAUAAAAAAGGUGAAACUUUAAAUAAAACUAAUAAUGCAGAUACAAGUAUCAAUGCAGAUACAAGUAUCAAUGCAGAUACAAGUAUCAAUGCAGAUACAAGUAUCAAUGCAGAUACAAGUAUCAAUGCAGAUACAAGUAUCAAUGCAGAUACAAGUAUCAAUGCAGAUACAAGUAUCAAUGCAGAUACAAGUAUCAAUGCAGAUACAAGUGUCAAUGCAGAUACAAGUGUCAAUAUUACACCAUCUGCGGGCAAUGAAAAUGAAAUAUCUGAUGAGAUAAACAAUUUUGAAGCAAGUACUUCACCAAAUGUACCGGAGAAUAUAAUUUCAUCACUACUGGAUAGGCUAACAAUUAUGGGAUUUGAUAGGGAUGUUUCAGAGAAUGCAAUAUAUUGUUAUGGAAAUAAUAUUGAUAUAAUAGUAGAAUACUUGACAAAUGUACAUGAAAGGAAUGAGAAUAGAAAUGUGAAAGAUUAUAUGGAAUAUCUACACUCAUAUAAAAAAUUGGACAUAAAAUGUUCUGAGUGUUUAUAUGGUUCUAAUUUGGUAUUAUACAGCCCACUUACCAAGGAACAGAAGAGGAAUGAAUAUCACUCUUGGUAUUUACAUUUAAUUCAAGAAUUAUAUAAUGUAAGUAAAAAUAUAUACUAUUCAUCAUCUAUAAUAGCAGAUGUAUUACUCAAACUACAUCCAAUAAUAAGGAAAGUUAAUAUUAUGGAACAUUUCUUAUCAUUAAUACACUCUUCUAUUAAAAAUUUAACUGAUAAGCGAAAUAUUGGAAUUAGUACUUUAUCAAAAUCAGAAAGUUAUGAGAUUUGUGGAAGUGAGGUAAAAUUCUUAAGUAAUAUUAAUUGCAAAGAUUUUCCAUUAAUCUUUAGUUGUUUUAAUGCAACGCUUAGUAAUUCAUCUCCAAUGAUAGAUGGAAUUCUUACACUUAACAAAUUGAAUUUGGAACAGAUAUACAGUAAUCUCAGUAUUUAUAUAGAAACUUGUACCUCUACAAAAAGUAUUCAUAUGAACUUAAUACCAGAUUUAUCUAUACUUUCAAUUUUACUUUAUAGAAAGCCUGAACUAAGAAUAUAUUGGGUAAUGUUGGAUAAUCAAAGCUCUACAAAUAGCAGUAGUGUUACACAGUUAAAGACUUCUAAACAAUCUAAAUUAAGUACUAAUACAUCUCAGGGUAUACAAUACAAUAGUAAUAGUACAACUAACUUUGUUUCUACUGAUUAUCACCCAAUAAUGACAUUAUUAAGAUUUAUGAGCAUAUUUAUUGAUGCUCACUUCAUUCUUGACAAUGAGUAUGAUGGAUAUGAAAUGAAGGGAAUGGUUAAAUAUCUAACUUCUAGUGAAACUAAAGAAAAUAACUGUGAUACAACACAUUCAGCAUCUUCAUGUAUAUGGUUACCAUAUUUUAACAAAAUUGAGAUGGAUGGAAAUGCUAUUAAAGAUACAUGUAUAUCAUCUAUACCUAAUAGUGAGUGUAUAAAACUGAUUAGUCGUCCUCCUAUAUGGUUUGAAUAUGCCUGCCUGGUUUUAUGGAGAUUACUUCCACUAUAUGAGCAAUAUUACACCUCUACAAAUAUGUAUUUGAGUAGUAAUACUCUAGCUGCAAAUAAUAGUACAUUUACUACACUAAAUACUUCUACUCAAUCUAUGUUUGUACUAUCACUAACUGAACAAAGAAACAUAAUAUUUUCAAUGUUAGAUAUACUCACUCAUUUCCCAUAUAACAGCGGAAGCACAGCAAUGGCAAUAUUGGGUGUGAUCAGUAUACUAUCAAGGAAUUUCAAUAAUUCACUAUCUAUCUUGAGUUAUACCCCGUUUUACUUGUUGAAUAAAGAUAUUGUAGGUAUCAAUGAAGGUAAUUUAAAUCAAAAUUUGAGUAAUAAUAAUUGUAUCUGUACUAACAUAAACUUAGGUGGAGGGCUUGGAGUUUUGUAUCGUCUACCUAAAACUGCCUACUUUGAUGGUAUACUACAAGUUAUUUCCUUGAUAACACUACAAGUAAUAGAAGAUUAUACUGUUUUACUACAAAUGAUAGAAAAUAAACUCGACAUACUAUUUUCAAAACAGCUUUCAUUACAAAUACAAAGUAAUAAAAUAUAUGAGGAUAGAGUUCAAACCCUGGAGAUGAGUGAUAAUGAAGAGUCUGAAAGACCUUCAUUUUUACCACGUAAUUUUACUAUGCAUGAUACAGAACAUAAUAAAAAGCUAAGUGAUUUAGGUCUUAAACAUCCAUUCAUACUUUUAAGCCUGAACAGUGUUAUUGCUGAGCUAUUUCCCUAUAUACAAAGAAGUCCACAAAUAUUUAUGGAUAUAAUUUCGUACUUCUGUGUAUUGCAUGAAAGGAAGAAUACUAGUUAUAUAGAUAAUUCAUAUAGAAACAAUGAGGCCAUACCAGAAAAUAAUAAUGAGGAUUCUAAAACUGCAAUUCAGUCACUAAAUAAUGAGGAUAAUUUAAGUAUAAAUAUUGAUAGUAAUAUAUUGGAAAGUAAUCAAGAUCAGGAUACUGAAGAGAAAAAGAGUACUACAUUCACUCUACUGGAGAAUGUGUUAUGUGAUGAAUUACUUAGUUUAUAUAAAAUACCAGUUAAUGAUAGUUUACUUCUACAAUGGAAACCAUAUUGCUAUCGUGAAAAUAAUAACAGAAACUCAGCUCCAGUAUUUAAUGUUUUGAAAUCUGGAACACUGAGAAGACUAAGAUAUUUGGAAAAAGAUCAUGCUUUGAAGCCUAGUAUAACUUCUAUAAUUGUAAUUUCAAAUAUAUUUGAUCACAUUUCAUUAUUUGGUGAUAAUAGUGCACAUGAGAAAAAAGAUAUAUUUAGCUUAUCUAUAGACUCGCUUAUUUACACAUUGUUACGUAUAUCUUUGGAAUAUCCAAUAAAUAUCAAUACUAUUUUAAGGCCUUUUUCAAUACCAUGUAAUAGACUAGCAUUACAGCUUUGGUCUGAAGCAAAACAGUCAUUUUCUUCUUAUCGUUAUAAGCUAGCAUUAAAUACAAAUAUACCGAUCCCUAUGAUAAGUUGUAUUUCACAAAAAAUUGAAGAAAUAAAAAAGAAGAAUCCUGGGACUCCAAACUUGCAGCUUUUGAAUUUAAUGUCAACUGAUAUUAAGCAAACUUCUAAAUUAAUUCCACAGAUACCAUGCUUACUAUGCUCACAGUAUAUGUUGAAUCAACUAUCUCAAUCUAUUUCAUUAAACAGAAUAAAUCUUUUAUCUUAUAUAUUUAGAAAUAUAAUACCUAUUAUAUUGUCAUCUAACAGCAGCUUAUUCAAGCCUAAACCUCAAUGUACUUGCUUUGUUUGUCAAAAAGAUAUUGAAAAUAGUUCCAAAACAAAUGAUACUAAUAUAAUAAGAACUGCUGGAUGGCAAUUAAGUGAUGAUUGGACAAAUAAUCACUUGAGAUUAGUCCCAAAUUUAUCUACAUCUCGUCGUUCAAAUAUUAAGGAAAUGCAAUUUGCUCAGAUGGACCAUUUUAUCUACUUUUUCCAUAUUGUUAUUGGAUGGAAUAAGCUUGCACUAAAAAAAUUCUUAAUUUUUGCAGUUAACUCUUUGAAAAGUAUAUUAAAUGACGAUGUGUCCUCUUAUAGUGCACAAAUUAGAAAUAAUAAUGAAGUUACUCAUUGGACCUACAACUAUAUGAACUCAUAUUUAGUACUCAAUUUGCUUCAAUUGUUAAUAGUAUUGCCACGUAUAAGCCCAAUGAAUCGUUGGUCAUCUUUGAUUAAGCAUUCAAACUUAUAUCAUUUGCUUUCAAAGCUCUAUAUUAAACUACCAUAUUCUGACUUAUCAAGUAUUAUUUUAUUUUGCAUGAAGAAUAUACUCUAUCCACGCUCUAUAAUCUACCCAAAGAGUAAAGACUUACACAAUAAAAGUGAUGGAAUAGAAAUUGAUGUAGAAGAUGGAGAUGUUGAAACUUCUUUGGCAUCAUCUCUGCAACAUUAUGAUGUGUUGUUUCCAUCAACUGAUGAAGAUUUUGAAUAUGAUGAAUAUGAAGAUGAUGAAGAUGACAAUGACGAUGAAGAUGACGAUGAGGAUGAUACUGAUGAUGAAUAUGAUGAUUUAUUAAAUGAUAAUCUUGAACUUAGUGAAGUAGUGGAGGGUGGUAUACUCAGUGAAAUGGAUGAUGGUGAUAUACUUGAUGAUGUACUGGAUGAUGAUGUUAUGGAUGUAUUAGAUGGUGACUCAGAUUCUUUAACUGAUGAAUCACAUGAAUCUGAUGAUAUUAGCGAUGCUGAUGAAUCGAUGAAUGAAUCUAGAAUAACGUCAGAUUCUGAUUCCGAUGAAUUCCGCAGAACUCCUAGAUUACGUGAUGAAUAUGAAUUCAACUACAUAGAUCCAAUAAGUAAUCCAAUGAAUAUUACUGGUUUGGAGGAUAUACCAAUUAAUGGCAGUGAUAAUGAUAGUGGGAAUGAUAAUAUAAAUAGUAAUGAGAAUAAUAAUGGCCAAGAUCCUGAUAUUAUGGUUGGAGUGGAUAGAUUAGGUGGGGUUAGUUUGUCAAGAAGACGCAGAAGACAUCGUCGACAUUUGUUAAAUAAUAAUAUCGAAAUUAUGGACGAUAUUGGUGAUGAAUUUGAUGAAGCACUUCUUGAUAAUGAUAAUGAUGAUAAUGACAUUGAUGGUGAUAAUGAUAAUGAUAAUGAUGGUGAUGAUGGUGAUGAUGAUAAUGAUAAUGAUAAUGAUGAUGAUGAUGAUGAUGAUGAUGAUGAUGAUGAUGAUGAUGAUGAUGAUGAUGAUGAUGAUGAUGAUGGUGAUGAUGAUGAUGAUGAUGAUGAUGAUGAUGAUGAUAAUGAUGAUGAUGAUGUUGAUAAUAAUAGUCACAAUAAUAUCCUAAUUACAACUCCACCACAAAACAUUAGAACUGGAAUUAACAUAAAUACAUCAUUACAGGGUGCAGGUAUUACUAGUGCUUUAGCAUCAUCAAAUCUAGCUAAUAGAAAUAGUAACAAUGGUAAUAAUGAUAAUGAUAACUUUAAUAAUAAUAACCUGUCUUCAUUUAGACGAAGGAUUAUAUCGAGAGGUACGAGCUAUUUAGAUGAUAUGAUGAUGGUACUACUCCGUGAUGAAGAUGACUUUGAUCUUGAAAAUUUGCAGUUUUUGGAAGAACUUGGUACCUUAAGCAAUGUAAAUAAUGUAGAUAUAAAUAAUUCAUUACUGUACUCAUCAUCACCUUCAAUUGUUGUGGGGGGUGAGUUUAAUUCUACAUUUCAUUUAGAAUCUAUAGAAUCAUAUUGGCCUCCUAUUCCAAUAAACCAAAGAAAUAUAUUUGUGAAUACAAGAAAUCUCCCACUUCCAUUUUUAAUAUUAAACUCCUUAACAUUUGUACCGACAGUAUCUAGUAUAAACACACCAGUUAACAAUGACUUAGUAUUGCAAUGGUUAAGUUAUGGUGGGUAUUUGACAACCUCUACUAUUAACUCACUAAAUAAUUUGUAUAAUACAACAGAUAGUAAUAUCAAUAACGGAGUACAACCCACAAAUAAUAACAAUCAACCAUUAUUUGGUUGGAAUUAUAUAAAUGACUUAUCAUUACCAGUUGAACAUCCGUUUUUGUCAAGGAACAAUAACUCAAAUACAAAUAACAAUGUAUCAUGGUAUAGUAAUGGUCCUCUUAAUGAAAAUCAAAGAUCACUAUUUGGUGAAAUGUCAAUUAUCAGCAGGACUAGUACUUUGGGAGGUGGAACUGAACUAUUAACAAAUGCAAGCAAUAAUAGACAAAUGCGAGCUAGCACACCAACAUUAUCUGCAAUAUUACGUAACAUUGGUGAUGUUGAAAAUCCGAUAACAGUGGAUAAUACAAUAACCACUCAGCUUAAUACCAUUAUUCAAACUGUAGAUAGCUUGAGAAGAUCUGUAAGAAAUAACCUAUCUCGUAGCACAAGCAAUGGUCUAAUACUUAUAAAUCAACAAGUUGAUACAAAUGAAGUUGUAGAAUAUGAUCAAGUUUCACCAGUUAAUGAUGUAGAUGUUCCUCAAUGUGAGGAUAUAAAUGAUACAGUUAACAAUACGGCUAGUCAUAUUGCCAUUGAAGUAUCAAAUAAUGAUUUGGAAGAAUCAACACUGGUAGAAGAUCUAGAUUCUGACUUUGCAAUGGUAAGUCAUGAAUUAACUUCAGGAAAUGAGUUAAAUGAAAUAUUAGAGAAUACUGAUAGUGACAAUAUUAUGGAAUCUCUUGAUAACUCAGUAGCUACUAAUAUUAUUGAUAUUAAUCAUACUGAAACUGAUCAUAUUGAUAAUAAUCAUAUUGAUAAUGUAGCAACUGAGAUUUCUGCAGGUGACAAUUUAGUCUCUUGUACACUAUUGCGUGUAUUAUCUGAGCGUACUGGUAUUGGUUGUAGUAGAAUUCUGGAUAUAGUUGGUAUUGAUAAUACUGUAUUUAAUGAAUUACCUGAAGAUAUACAAACAGAUGUGUUGGUAGUGCAGUUGCAAGAAAAUGAUAUAACACACAGGCUACUUGAAAAUAUGACACUAUCUGCUUCAUCACCAACUUCAAUCUCUCCAUCAAUCCCAUCACUACAAUCAUUACCAUCUAAUACUCUGGAAUUAUUACCAUUAUCAUUAAGGGAAAUAAUUUUGAUGGGUUCUUCAAGUAAUAAUACCUCAGAGAGUGAUAGUUUAAAUAAUCGUGAUGGUAUAUCUGGUAGUAGCAAUGAAGACAAUAUACAAAAUCAGAAUAUAAGAAAUCCGGAUUCAGAAAAUGUCCAAUUUAUCACAUCAUUGGAUCCCGUAUUACGCCAGGAAGUACUUUUAACAGCAACAGAGGAGUUUUUAAGAACACUUCCAGAAGAAAUAGCUGAAGAAGCUAGAAUACUACAACAGAGGAUGUAUCCCUUAUUUUCAAGUGAUAUUGGCGAUAGAGUACGUGGUGAGAGAACAACUCGCAAUACAAACUCGAAUAACAUAAAUAGAUUGAGGAAUAUAGCAGCUAAUUCUAGUGAAGGAUCUACUUCCAAUAAUAUUACCAAUAAUGAUUCCAUAUACAAUACCGGAAAUAAUACUGAUGAGGUUGUAUCUAACCGUAAUACAAGUAAUAAUGCAAAUAACCUGUUUGAUAUACUACCUUUAAUAUCAAGUAAUAGGACAGGUAGUGUUACAACAAUACGAUUUAAUGUAAACCAGUCAAGUAAUCGUGUAGGUAUUGGUGGACUACUAUCAGCAGCCGCUGUUCUAUCAGACUCACAAAGAAUAUUAAAUAAUGCAUCUGUUCGUAUUCCUGGAAAUACCAGAACAUCUAUAAUAUCAAACAGUACUAGUCAAAGAAAUAGUAAUUCCAACAGAGUUCUAAAUACAGGCAAUCUACCAGUUUUAUCAACUUCUGCAUCAUCAUAUGAUAUACUUUAUGAACUGUUAAAUGAAAUGUCUCAACCAUCAUCUAGUACAAAUUGGAAUUUAUCAGGUGAUACAGAUGGUCCAACAUUAGAAAAUUCUGUAUAUCCACCUACUGGCAGUACAAAUACAAGCUUAAAUAGACGUAGACAAAGUCAACAUAACUUUACUUUAAAUUCUUCUAAUAAUUCAUCAUCUAUACCAAUACAAAAUGUUCUUCCAUUACUACGUACUGACUAUCAACUAGCAAAUAAUAUACCUAAUGGAAAUAUGAGUAAUUCUAGCUUUAAUUCAAAUCGUUUAUCAAAUUUAUCAACAUUUGUUAGGGUAUUACCUACAAACAUAAGAAUAUCUAACACAAUGGGUGAGAUUAUAGAAACAGAUAAUGUGGAUAACAAUAGUGGAAAUAAUAAUAAUAUAAAUGCAAAUAACAGGAAUAACUUAAUUAAUAACCAAAAUAAUACUAACUUAAACAAUAACACUGCGAUAGUUCCUUAUUACAACUCAUCUAUGAAUGAUCCAUUCUAUGGUUUUCCUGAUCAACAAUUCAUUUCAUCUUUUCUUGAGGACUUAAUUUUAAAUUAUAAGAAUGGAAGAACAAAUAUUAGUAGUGUUUUUUCAAUUAAUUUAAUACCUAGAAUUAUACUUAAUACAAUAUUUUCUCGUCAGAAUAUCUCAAAACCACUAUUUCAAACAUAUUUAUUCUAUAUGCUCACUUCACUUAAUUCAAAUAAAAUAAUAAUUUUAGAUACUUGGUUUACGAUACUAUGGCUUAGUGGAAAUGAAAAAAUAUCACCUAUACACUUACUAUCAAAAUAUAAACAAAUUAAACCUAAGAAGUGUGAGAAUGAUUCUAUUUUGAAUAUAGACUAUAAAGUGGAGAUUGAAGACAAUCAAAAUAGUGACAAUUCUAAUGAACAUAUAUUAACCUAUGAUGAAUCUGGAAUUAAUGGUAUAUGGUCAAAUGUCGUUUCAUAUGAUUCUAUACUAAAUUCUUUGAUUUAUAAUUGUGACAUACACACACCUAAUAUAAUGUAUUAUGCAACUUUACAAAUAUUAGAAUAUCUCAUAGAAUAUAUUUCCCAUUUACCAAUAUUGAUAACAUCAUUAUCUAGUCCAUGGGAUCCAAUUGGUACAUAUAUGAAAUCAAAUAGUGAAUUUAUUAAUAUAAAUAAUGAACAAUCAAAUAAUAAUACUAAAUAUAUAAAGAACAAUUGCUUGAAGGCUAACAAUACUAAUAAAACAAGAAAAGUUGAAAUUUGUUAUAAUAAUCACCUUUCAACUUCAAAAUUAAAAGGAAAAUCAGAAGAAAGAAGAAGAACUUGUUCACCACAACCAUUGGUAUAUCAUGAGUCAUCUAGGAAAAAGAAGAGAAGAUUUACUAAGGAAGGAUUGGAUAAUGCACAAAUUAUUAGAAAUGAUGAAUCAAAGGAAUUAAUAAAUACAAGAACUACAUUUAAUAAUAUGUUUGAAGGAGUUGGUGAAUAUAACAAACAAUCAACUGAUGUUCCAUCUUCUACUUCUUUAGCCUUACAUACUCCUGAUAGAAACUCGAAACAUCUUCAAAUAUAUAACUCUGACUAUAGUGGGCUUUGUGAUUCACUUGAAUGUAGUCCAAAUGGUGAAUUUGAUGAUAUGAUAGAUAAUGAUGAAGAAAUUGUAGAUAUUAGUGGUAAUUCUCCUUGUAAUAUAAAUGGAAAUAAACAAGUAAAUAUGCCAGAUUUCCCAUCGAAAUUAGUUAAUAUGCCCAUAUUUACACCUUUAUUAUUAUUAAUUGAUAUGCUCAAUUAUCCAAAUAUUCAAUGCUCUCCUCAGCAUACACAGAAACUAAUAAGUUUAAUUCUACGAAUACUUACUACUACUGUUGAAGAUAUACCAGAAAUUCAAAUUGAUCUAUACAAUAUCUGUGAUAACAAAAUUAAUGAAAAUAUUAAAUGUGAAGAUCUUAGUAAUGAGAAUCCUAUUCUUACUAAAUAUAAUGAAGAUAAGUAUAAUAUAACUUAUAAUCAAUCAGAUAACAAUAAUUCACUCGGAAAAAUUAAUUUGUCACUACGAAAUAUUUGGACUAGUAUGACAUCAUGCCCAUACUACUUGGAGACAUUUCUAAUGCCACUUUUUAACCCUAUUUCAUUUAUAUAUGGAAUUAAUUCGAAUUCUCAAUCAUUACGAGAUAGUAGUAAUUCUUCAUUCAAUCAAUCACGGCAAACAAUAAAACUAUAUACAGAAUUGCUUGGAAUUUUAUAUUCCAAUGAUAUUUGUAAAUUUAUGAUUCAUGAUAUAUUAAUGGAAAAGACUAAAUUAAUAAUAAAAGAUUUAAUACUAAUGUUAAAACAAUUAACUAAUUGUUUAAGAAGUGGAAAUGAGAGGGUUAGAAAUUGGCAAGAUCAAAUGAGGGUACUAAUGAUAUCAAAUUCAUCAAACUAUUGUGGUAUUGAUGAUGCAAUAAUUUUCCUUAGAAUUGUUAAUCAAUACAUGGAUAUAUUAGGUGAAGCAUUAAAUAAAUCUAAUUCUGGCAAUUUUGCAAAUAAUCUAAAUUCCAAUAAUAAUAAUAAUAAUAAUAAUAAUAAUAAUAAUAAUAAUAUUGCAAAUACAAAUGAAAAUAAUGGUGAUAUUAAUAUGAAUGAAGCUUUUGAACAAAAAUAUGAGAAAUCUGAGUAUAGUUAUUAUGAAAGUUGGAGUUAUUUAUAUCCAAAUAUAUCGGAAAUUCAACCAAAUUCACUCAGAUUAUAUUUAUAUUCUGAGUUCUUUUUAUUAUGUGGAUUUGAUGAAUUAUGGCAAACAUUAGAUCAUACUUUAAGCGAAUUUUCAUGUUAUGAUGGAAUAAGAAGAAAGUCUUAUUUUGAUAUAGGCACUGAUGUAUCUAUGGAGGGAGAUACUGUUGUAUCACAAACUCAAACAAAUAUAGAUGGAACAUUGAAUUUAUCUACUAAUCAUCUAUCAGAUGUCAUUAUAUUAUUAAUUCCAUUGUUAGAAGCAUGUUAUACAAUACAACAAGCUUCAGUUGCAUCAUCAAUGGGACUUUCUUCAGUAUUGGCACUAGAUACAGAUAUAAAUGUGAAGUUAUUAAGUGCAUCUGCAACACAAUUAGAACUACAACAAAUGGGAGAUAAAAGUCAUAUAAAUAAUAAUCUAUUAUCGGACUCAAUUAAUAAAACAAAAGAUUCUAAAACUGCUGAAAUCUCUAAAUUAGAUGAUAUAAGUUGUAAUGGAAAUAUAAUUGAACUUUUAAAUGAUAAAUGCAAGCAAAAACAUCAUGAAAUUAUAAGAUUUAGUUAUCGUCAUCGUCGCUCACUUAAUUCAUUAUUACAAUCAUUUCCUCAAUUAUUACUACCUCCUAAUGGUAGCCUAGUACCAUUGCUACGUUUAGCACCAAUGGUUGUAAAUUUUGAAAAUAAAAGAACAUAUUUCCGUCAUAGAUUACGUCAACUAAGGCGUGAAAGUAGUAGUUAUCGUAAUACAGAUCAUCAUCAAUUAAGAUUAGUAGUACGAAGAAAUCGUGUAUUUAUGGAUAGUUAUCAACAAAUAAGUACUAAAACAUCAGAUCAAUUAAAACAAAAAUUACAUAUAACAUUCCAUGGUGAAGAAGGUGUAGAUGCAGGUGGUGUUACUAGAGAAUGGUAUAAUAUACUUGCACGUGAGAUGUUUAAUCCUGAUUAUGCACUAUUUAGACGUGAGGGAUCAAAGAGUGAAUUUAAUCAUCCUAAUCCAUUAAGUUAUAUUAAUGCUGAUCAUUUACAUUUCUUUAAAUUUAUUGGUCGAAUUAUUGGAAAAUGUAUAUAUGAUGGGCAACAUUUAGAUGCAUGGUUUACAAGAUCAUUUUAUAAACAUAUGUUAGGACAACCAAUAAUACCUGCUGAUGCAGAACCAAUUGACCCAGAAUUAUACAAAAAUCUAAAUAUAAUGUUAGAACAUCCAAUUGAAGAUUUAGGUUUGGAAUUAAAUUUCACUACAACCAUAGAUGAAUUUGGAAGAAGUAAACUUGUAGAAUUAAAACCAAAUGGUGCAAAUAUUGCAGUUACAGAUGAAAAUAAAUAUGAAUAUGUAUGUUUAUUAUGUGAAUAUAAAACUGUAAAACUUAUUGAAAAACAAUUAAAUGUAUUCUUAUCUGGAUUCCAUGAAUUAAUUCCAUCACGUCUUAUUGCAAUUUUUGAUGAUAAAGAACUUGAAUUAUUAAUAUCUGGAUCUCCAACAAUUAACUUAAAUGAUUUGAGAGAUAAUACAGAAUAUCAUAAUUAUACCAAAAAUUCCCAGCAAAUAAUCUGGUUUUGGGAAACAUUAGAAGAGUUUGAUCAAAAUCGUCUGGCUACUUUUGUACAAUUUGUAACUGGUACAUCACGUGUACCAUUAGGUGGUUUUAAAAAUUUAAUGGGUAUGAGAGGACCACAAAAAUUUAGUAUACAUAAAGCAUUUGGUGAAAAUAGAUUACCUAGUGCUCAUACAUGUUUCAAUCAAUUGGAUCUACCUAAUUAUUCUAGUAAGGAACAACUAAGAGCAAAAUUGUUACAAGCUAUUACUGAAGGUAAAGAAGGGUUUGCACUUGUAUAA